UGUACCUAGGUGCAGUAUGUAGCUGAGCCUAGAAAGCUUAUUCCUCCCCGCAUCUGCAUCCAGCCUACGAUCCCGUUGUCCGGCAUAUAUAGCGCCGCAUAUAUGCAUGCCCAGCGAAUCAAGCUUUGGCCCUGCAGUUCUAGCUACGGCUUGUAAUAUCUAGCCCUGGCUCGUGAUGAACUGGUAUGCAAUCUGCGAGCUUCAACCGUAAAAUCUUACCACUCGGUCCAUGUAACUAUGGCUAUAGGUCUAGACUUCCCCACAAGAGAAGUGAUCAAACAUCACGACAUGAAAGACCCCAUAUUCAAACAUGGCCAUCUUCAAUAAACAUGCAUGCAUAUAUGCGUGGACAAUAUUAGUGAAGUCUAUAGACAUGUGAAUCCGAACUCGAUCGAAACCCCAUGAUCAGCGCCAUUAUCGGCACCUUUGUAAGAGGGGGGCGAGGCCCUAGUUACCUAGCAUUGCUCCGAUGAGGAUGAGACUCGAGAUAAUGCCUUGCCGGUUAACAUUCGCCAUUGACGGACAAAUAGGUCCGUGAUCCUACGAACUUAAGACUUUUACACCCAGCCCAUCCCCAUACCUUACUCCUAACCUUCUCAACUCCGUCUUAUACAAUUCUUCAUGUCCUAGAACCUGUUAGUCCUGAAGCCUAUCCAUAUCGAAGAUGGGUUUUAAGUCAAAGGAAACAACAUACGAGCCGCUUGUCUCAGAUGAGGCGCGGUUCUCGCAGAGUUCUGAUAGCCUCGAGAGCCAAGAGGGCAAGCCUAUGCUAGGACGAAGCUUCCAGAGAACGUCUUCUCGCCUUACCUCUUGGGUCAAAGCAGGUGGCGCAGUUCUAGCAGUUAUCAACACUAUUCUUUUAAUAAGUAUAAUCGUCGUCCUAUCGCUUUCACAGCACGAAAAGGAAUGCUCCGAAAUCCAGUGUGCUGCUAAGACAUCGUACUAUUCCCCGCUCCUAGAAGAGGACUCUGGUGCUAUCGAAUAUGAAACUCGCAGGUUUCAAGGCGCUCUUGAACACCAAAGCAUCUAUAAGGGGACACCUAACAAGGAGCUUGACGCAGCAUGGGUAGAGCUCACGCACAUGAACAAUUCUGGUGUGAGCGGCGAUGUCAUAGACCGCAUCGGAAAGUCGCGUAUUGCCGUAAAGUACCCAGAGUCUAAGGGUGGACAAUAUGAUGUCGGUGUCGAGGUCUUCCACCAUAUGCACUGUUUGAACAUCAUCCGCCAGUACACUUACAAGGAAUACUAUUUCCGCGCUGAGAAUCGACCAAAAAGUUUCACUGACCCCGAGCCUAUCAUUCGCGCUCAUAUCGACCACUGCAUUGAGAUGCUACGUGAAGCUCUGCUGUGUCACGGCGACGUUGGUAUCAUUACCUACAACUGGGUUCAUCCAUGGGGAAUUUACCCCGACUUCAGCACGCAGCACAAGUGCCGCAGACUCGACAAGAUUGUUGCUUGGGCUGACAAGCACGCAUUGCCAGUAGAAGACCCCGAGCCUGAUGAGAACACUGUGUGGCUCAAAGGACCGCCGCAGUAAUAGGCCAUUCUAAAUUCCACCUACAUACACAAAUUGUGGAGGGAUAUUAUGGAAUACAAAGGACUUGACUUGUCAAAUAUGAACCAUUUAGGCUUAGAUCAUGGAUCUUCAAGACGAUAG